AUGGUUGUUUUUCUUGCCGGAUUGGAUUACAGUAUCAUUAUGUCCACUUUGGUUCUAUAUCUAAAUGACUUAGUAAAAGUAAGCAAUCCAAAUCUCUACUAUUCCAUUAUACUUGGAGCAUUUGCUGUGAGUUCAAUUCUCGUUGGAACUGUAUGUGGUCGUUUUGUUGAUCGAACAAGAAAUUUGAAAAUGUAUAUCAUUCUGGUUUUAUUGUUAAUGCUAAUUGGUAAUCUCUUUUAUGCUGUAUAUCUCCAUCCAGCGUUUUUAAUCAUUGGAAGAUUUCUCGCUGGUAUUGGGGAUUCAUUUAUGGGUGUUUCUGCUGGCGAAUUGGUUCGUUUACAUAACCGGAAAGAUGGCACAAAAGCAAUUUGGGUUAUUUCUGCAGCAUUUAGCAUGGGAUUUACCAGCGGUCCGGUUUUUGGAAUAAUGUUUAAAGGAAUAAAUAUCACAAUAGGAUCGUUCGUUGUUAAUUACUUGAACUUCAUCGGGAUAUUUGUUGCUGGAUUGUCCAAUUAUAGCUUGGAUAUCCUUUUGCCAUUGAUAAUUUAUGAUUUAUUGCAAUGGAAUCAACUUGUUUUAACCAUUACAGUUGUCAUAACAGCAGUACCUUUCUUUGGUAUCCUAUAUGUAUUUUCUAAGUUUUGCAUGAAAGACAAACGAGAAUAUUACGCUUGUAUAUUUGGCAUAUGUUGCACCUUGAUCUGCUUUUGCGUUAUAUUCGAAUUUAAAGUGUUAAGGCGGAACCACACAAGAGAUAUGUGGUUAAUGGCAGUAUUUAUCUUUGGUUAUAUAUUCAUCUGGUUCCCAGACGAAGUAUUCUUAACAAGUAUGUUAGCUAAGAAGGUUCCUCCCAGUAUUCAAAGUUUCGCACAUGGACUUAGGUCAUCGCUAGGAAUGUUUGCCACGGUAAUUCCCUCUUUUACUACACCUCUACUGAUGCCAUGGAUUCACAUAUUGGCUGUAGUACUAAUCAUCGCUGUUAGCUGUAACUUGGUGUACUUUUUUGUGCGAAUGAAGUCAAUGACCAAUAUCAAAGUUAUUUCGCCACACGAGAAACCAUUUUAUGAUAAAACAAAAAGAAAAGUUUAUUCCAGAUAUUAUGACACAUAA